ACCUCAAUCAACAUAACAUUUUGUCGGUGAAUUUGAUGGUUUUGUGUUUUUCUUGAUUGUUUCUUGUGUAAAUUAAAUAGUUGUUUUGUUAAAUUAAAUUGAUAAACUAUGGGUCGAGACGAUAAGGCUACUUGGAAAGCCAAUUACUUCACCAAACUAAUUCAAUUGUUGGAUGAGUAUCCCAAGUGUUUCAUAGUUGGUGUUGAUAAUGUCGGUUCUAAGCAAAUGCAGCAAAUUAGACAUUCUCUUCGAUCAUCUGGUGUAGUUCUUAUGGGAAAAAAUACCAUGAUUAGGAAAGCCAUUAGGGGUCAUCUUGAGUCUAAUCCAUCAUUAGAAAAGAUCAUGUCUCAUGUUAAGGGUAAUGUUGGUUUCGUCUUUACCCGAGAGGAUCUUGUUGAGGUUCGAGAUAAAAUCUUGGAAAAUAAGGUUAGCGCUCCAGCUCGAGCCGGAGCCAUUGCUCCAAUUGAUGUAAAGGUUCCUCCACAAAAUACUGGCUUAGUACCUGAAAAAACAUCUUUCUUCCAAGCUCUUCAAAUCCCAACCAAAAUUUCUAAAGGUACCAUUGAAAUUUUGAACGAAAUCCAUUUGAUUAAAAAAGAUGACAAAGUAGGAGCCUCAGAAGCCACGCUUCUUAACAUGUUGAACAUCUCUCCAUUCACUUAUGGUCUUAUCAUCAAAAGUGUUUACGACUCUGGAACUGUUUUUGCUCCAGAAAUUUUGGACAUCACUAAUGAAGACUUAUUAGCUAAACUUAUGGAAGGUGUGAGAAACAUUGCCGCUUUAUCUUUGGCCAUUGGUUAUCCAACUGUCGCUUCAGUAUCUCACUCAAUUGCUAAUAGCUUGAAGAACUUGAUCGCCAUCAGUGUGGAAACCGAUUAUACUUUCAAAGAAUCCGAAAUGUCUAAGGAAUAUCUUAAAGAUCCAUCUAAAUUUGCUUCUUCGGCUCCAGCCGCAUCCGCUGGUGGUGCUUCACCAGCCAAGGCAGAAGCUAAAGUUGAAGAAAAGAAAGAAGAAGAGGAAGAAGAAGAUGAUGAUAUGGGCUUCGGUCUAUUCGAUUAGAAUUGUUUAUGAUAACAUCAUAGAUUUCUAACCCUGGAUUUAUUAAUAAAGCCUGUUAUUCAAACACAAAAGAGAA